UCUUCCUUUUACUUUUUUCUGAUAUUUCUAUCGGCUACGAUCUCAUGCGUUAGCGAGUGCCGCCCCGCCCGCGCUAUCCACUCGUCUCUCCGUCCCCAUGGCCACUUAUCUCAACGCACCGCCGGCAGCCACCACGACGACUGCAAGCUGCCGCCAUGCCUUCUCCGGUGGCAGCCUCCGUCUACUCCGGCCGAGCCGACCGACGCUGCACGUGACGUGCCAAGCCGCCGCCUCCUCCCAGCAGCCGUCGUCCCCGUCCAGGAGGUCAGCCUGCCUCCUCGGCAUCGCGUGCGCCGUCCUGCUCCGCCCACGUGCCGCCUCCGCCGCCGAAACCGACGACGAGCCGGCCAACAACGGCUGGUGGCUGACCGAGUUCCCCUUGCCCGUGCCCAAGAUCGUCAACAAGGAGAUCAACAACGCGGAGACGGGCACGCGCUCCUUCCUCAAGAACGGCAUCUACAUGGCGGACAUCGGGCCCAGCUUCGCGGCGCACGCGUACCGGCUGCGCAGCACGGCCUUCGACCUGCUGGCGCUGGAGGACCUGCUGGGCAAGGACGCCUCCAACUACGUCAACAAGUACCUCCGCCUCAAGUCCACCUUCAUGUACUACGACUUCGACAAGCUCAUCUCCGCCGCCGAAGACAAGCCGCCCUUCGUCGACCUCGCCAACCGCCUCUUCGACAGCUUCGAGACGCUCCAGGAGGCCGUCACAGCCAAGGACGACGCCAGGAUCGGCGACCGCUACGCCGAGACAAAGCUCAUCCUCCAGGAGCUCAUGGCCAAGAUGGCCUAGCAGAACCACAAUUUUUCAUUCAUAUAUCAUGAUGUGUAAAUGAAUACUUGAAACUCACAAGGGGUAUUGCAGAAUUCCCAGAGCAGGGAAAUACAAUUAUCAUGUCAG